CUCUGGCAUUGAGUGUGCACUGCUCUCAUCACAACAACACGAACCGCUCAGUGUUGGAUGGACGACGUCUCUUUUUCUACCAACACAAACCACUACCAAGUCGUCGCAUACCUAAAUAGCGAGAGAGUGUAUUUCACUACUUGUGCUACCACCACUGCUGCUACUCACUCUGUGUUCCUGCUAAAACCCUGCUUUCAUACACACACAAACAGGCCGCAUCACAACAGUCCCCACGACACCACGACCCCACAAUAAGGAAGACAUUCACAAAGGUCACCACCUAGACGAGGAUGGAGAAAAGGAUCGAGUUGGAGAAGCGGAGACGUGAUUCGUCACAGAUUCACGAGCUGGUUUUGGACAAUUGCCGGAGCACAAGUAUUGAAGGGCUCACGGACGAAUUUGUCAACCUGAAGAGUUUGAGUUUAAUUGGUGUGGGUCUUACUAGUUUGAAAGGAUUUCCAAAGCUUGCAAAAUUGAAGAAGUUGGAGUUGAGUGACAACCGUGUAUCUGGUGGACUUCAAGUGUUGAAGGAUUGUCCCACUCUGACAAUUUUAAACUUGAGCAAUAACAAAAUCAAGGAUAUGGAGACCUUGGAACCCUUAAAGGAGUUGUCCAACUUAAAAAGCGUAGAUUUGUACAGAAAUGAAGUCACGCAAAUUGAAGAGUACAGAGACAAAGUUUUCAACCUUCUGCCGGGAUUGUCUUAUCUUGAUGGAGUCGACAAAAAUGGAAAGGAAUUUGAUUCCGACUUUGAGGAUGACGAUUUGAAAGAAAUGAAUGGAAAAGAUGAUGAUGACGACGAUGAUGAAGACGAUGAAGAUGGUGGGGGUGGAGAGGAUGAAGAGGUGGAUGAAGAAGAAGAUGGAAGCGAAGAAGAAAGCGAUGAGGAAGUUGGAUUAAAAGAUAUCUAUCGUGAUGAUUUGGAAAAGGAAAGUGAUGGUGGAGAGUACGAAGAAGAGGAUGUCGUGGAUGAGUCAGAUGAGGAAGAUCUCGAGGAGACGAUUGAAGGUGAAGAGGGUAAAGGAGGAGAAUCAUCGAACGCUCCUGAAAAUAGGGGUACUAAAAGGAAACUGGAGGAUGAGGUGGAGGAAACUGAGCCACAAUAACGUAAUAAUUUCAAAACCGCAACCUGAGCACAAUAUAAAACAGCAACUACAAUGAAAUAUUCGUUUUUCACCUGAUUUGGUGUCUAUCAUCAGAAUAUAUUAUAAGCUUAAUAUCGCUAUUACAUAUAUAUGUAUCAUCCAAAAGAGAUUGUGCUUUCCCUUUGACCUUUCUCCUCUCUCCUCACAUUGUUGCAAGUUGGUUGCGUAUAUAUUUUCUAGUUAAGAUCAUAUUCUGAAUGACAAAUUUUGAACUGAGUGGGAGUGACUACUUAAUUUUUCAUGUUAAGAAUGCGAAAUAUGAGUGGCCAUUCGUGCUCAAGGGCUAUAUCACCUGUAAAAUACGUGACGCAAAGAUGAGCCCUCCUCGUCCCCUCACGCUGAAAAAUUUUUCAUUGUGUCUGUAAUAAUUCCGUUCUUUUUAAUAUCGUGAAUUCUAUUCCUGUUUUGAUGAAACUAGAAGUGCAACUGCAACAUACUGUUUGUUACUGAAUGUUUGAAAGAUCUCCGUUUAUUAAGUAGAGAUAAAGAUAAGAGAAUCAGAUUGAUAGGAAUAUUAUGAUUAUUGCUGUAAGUAGGUUAAAAUGAAAGGACAUCCGAUUGUUGCCUAAGCCUGAUCUCUUAUUGAUGUGCUUUCUGUGCCGUUGAACUUGAUUGGUUAAGAGAUAGUUGUUGUUUCUGGUUAAGAGUUUAUAAACUCCUGCGUCAAAGAGUAAUCUGAGAAAAGUGUAUUUCUGGUUUCGCUGAAUGUACAAAGUAAAAAUCAACGACGAGUUUUAUGAGCAGUCAUCAUAGCAAGAAUUCCGUAAUGACGACUUCUGCAGAAGCGAGCAGCGUACAUUUGUAGUAAAGAGAAAAGAAAGCCAAGGGUACUACAUUUACCGACCGAGCGACCGACUGUAUAAUAUUCUAUGUGAAAGUGAAUCAGUGAACUUUAGGGAAACAAACCAGUACCUGCCAAUCAUUAGCCAUGACUGUGACCGCGGAGGAAAGUUAAUUAUUAUGCUCUAAUUGUCAACUGUCAAUUGUUUUAUCCCGUAUCUGAACCACGUCAAUUUUCUCACGUUCACAAUAAAUAUUAUUUGACAUCACGAGAAUCACGACCCCCUCAACAUUUUAUACAUACAAAUAUAUUAACAAUUGUUUUUUUAAUUACACUUUCUUCCAAUUGAGCGGUUAUUGUAAGAGUUUAACAAGAGUACGGAUAUUGAAUACGUGUGUGUGGUAAUAUUAUACAUAGCAUAAAAUUAUGUGUUCCCCAAUUCCCCACCCUACUACUCCCCGUAAAAAUAAUAACACUUGUUACACAUGCAAAAUGACAACGGCAAAAGACAAAUCGAUUUUAGACUCCCGACAAAGUACGAAUUUGUCUGAAAUUUUUGAGAAAUUCGAGAUUUAUUGAAUAAACAUAAUUAGUUUCACACUUGGGCAUCCAUCAUAUGGACAAUUUAGGUCCAAGUGGAUGCAAAGAAAGUCUUAUGGAUAAACGAUGGACGCCGAUCUCUGAAGAGUUUUGCCUUUCUCAUUUUGCAAAGAAGUUUACAUAAUACAUACGUAUAAUAUAUGUUAAUUAUUUAAUUUUGAAUGUUAUUCUGGAUCGUAUUGUAUCUGAGCAAGAUAUUUCUAACCUUUGUAUUGCAUUUUGUGACUUAUUUUUGUAAGUUUGAUCGUCUCCCCCAUCUUUUUAAUCUCUCUCUCAUGACUUCACUACUGAGUGUAUUAUUUGUGUGACUGUUUCUAUUGAAUUUUACAAUGGCAUGCAAUUUGCUACGAGAUUUGAUAUUGUGGUGACUAUAGCAGCUUCAUAUAUGAAGUUGAAGAGAUUAUACCUUUUACUUGUAAGUGUUAAAAAGAAAUGAGCGAAAUUAUAAGAAUUCAUGAACUUUGAUAAUUGGUAUGCAUAUGCAGACUAUUAAGAACUGCUGCUGCCGAAUCCUAUUGUUCUUAAUUCCUAUAAUACAUGCUGCACCUCAACAACCUUUCAAUAUUUCUACGACAAACAAAAUGAUAUAUGACGAUCCUGAUGCUGAUGAUUGAGAGACAGAUAAAGCUAAUAUGAGGUGGCAAUUAUUAGACGCGAUGAUGGCACCUAUUAUAUGUUUCACAAUUUGAUAAAAAACUUUUAAAGAAACCAAAAGUAAUGUUACUCUAAUUUUACUACUAUACUAUACAACUACUACUACGACUACUUAUUGUUACAUUGAGUAGACUUAGAUGUGUUAUUUUUAUACGGCACGAACAAUUAAGUCAGUUCUAAAUUGCAAGGAGUAUAAGAGUAAGCAAAUGGUACGAUUGAGGAGAAUGAGAGAAUAACCUUGCCCUUUUAAAAUAUGGAAUAAUAACAUGCAAGUAAAUUUAAAGAGGUGAAAAACGUUAUCAAAAGUUAAGAAAUCUGCAACACCACACCCAUCAUCGCAUCACCACGAAGCAAGUUUAAUUAAUCAUAUAAUUACCUACUCAUUACAUUUAAUAUUAUACUUAUUUCAAGUUUUUAAUACUGCAAAUAGCCAAAUAACAAUUCAAGCAACAUGUGUCCGAGUUAUUUAGGCUCAAUUAAUAUAUAAUUACACACCAAAUUUACAGAUAUUUAUUAAUGAGAGUUUAUUACGUUAUAGUUUGAUUUAUUGAUAUCAUCAUUUUUUAAAAAUGACCUUUCUGCAGUAGUAUGAAUUUUGCUUUGCUUCUACACAGUUUUUGGCUAUUAAUUUUGAUAGACAUACAUCACAGCAGAGAGUCAUGAAUCCUUAUGAAAAGCAUAAAUAUUUAUAUAUAUAUAUAUAUUCAAUAUAUUCAUAUUGUAGAGAAAAGAUAUGUAUUUGCUAAAGAAUUUAUUAUGACUUGCAGUUAAUUGAAUUAAUUCGCUAUUAAUAAGAGUUGCACUCACUAAAUUUUAACAUGUUGUUAUUAUUAUACUACUAUCAAUUAUUCACACAAUCAAGUAAUUCCUCUCUUUGUGCAUGGUGAUGAUACUUUGCUUUAGAUGAGAUGGUAAUAAUAGUAAUAAUGCGUUGCAUACAUACUUUAUGCUGAAUAAUAUCCGUUUGCUA